CAACAACAACACCAACAACCAUACCAAAGAUGCAGUGCAGUCUUGAACAAAUGAACGACACUGAACGUUCACCAAAUCGGACCAAUUUGCGAGUGAACUUCAAUGAAAAGGGCUCCGAAGUCAAAGAGCGUCGCGAAAAGUUCCUCACCGCCAAAUAUGGUUCACAUCAGAUGAGCUUGAUACGCAAGCGUUUGGCCGUUGAAAUGUGGCUGUACGAUGAAUUGCAGAAAUUGUUUGAUCCGCCGACCGAAGCCAUUGAUGUGGAUAUUGAUGAGAUUUUAGAUAUGGACACCGAUGAUAUACGAAGAUCUCAUUUAAUACGAUUAUUGUCCGUCUGCAAACGCCCGCAAUCUGACAUAUCUAAAUUCAUCAGCGAUCUUCUGGAUCGGGCCAAAACGCUGUAAACGCAUUUCACCC